AUGGAGGCCAAGACUCAGCUGGCUGAGCAGCCAGUGACGAGCCCAAAGGUGUCGCUGAAGCCCGAGAAGAAACCCAAACCAGCGCACAAGCCACAGAACACUGGGGAUUCCCGGGCCCAGAAGGAGCUGAUGACCCCAGGCAUCGUGGAUUUCGGGCUGAUCCAAGAGUCCUUCAAGGCCCCCCACCCCCUCCAGACCCCUGGCACUUACCGCUUUGGCCGCCUCAGUCACCACUCCUUCUUCUCCCGACACCACCCCCACCCCCAGCACGUGACCCACAUACAAGAUUCCACGGGGAAGCCUGUCUGUGUUGUCAGGGACGAGUCCUCCCUGGUACCUUUGCCUCCGCCCACAUUCUUAUCCUACUGUCUGAUGGGGAUGCCCACCAUUUCUGACCCCAUUGGGGACCCACAGUCCAAUCGGAACCCCCAGCUUUCUUCUGACACCUGGAAGAAGGAGUUGAAAGAGCUGACUUCCCGCGUAGCUUUCUUCACCAAGGAGGAUGAGCCGGUGAUGAAAGAGCAGAGACUCCAGAAGGAGGAGCCUCCCAGGGAGCAAGGGGCAAAGUAUUCCGCUGAGACGGGAAGGCUCAUCCCGGCUUCCAGCCAAGCCCUGACUCGCCGGAGCUCCCGCCAGGGCCAGCGGAACCAUUCUUCUAGCAGAGACAGAGGAGUCCAGGAUUUACUCCUCCAGGACCAGGAGCUGCUGAUUCUGGAACUUCUUUGUCAGGUUUUGCAGACAGAUUCUUUGAGAGCUAUCCAAUUCUGGCUUCUCUACGCUCCGCCGAAGGAGAAAGAUCUGGCUCUGCGGCUUCUACAGACAGCGGUGGCCCAGCUCCUCCCCCACCCCCUGACCUCCAUUCCAGCAGAAAAACUCUUGAGCCAUCUCCAAGACAUUCAAGACUUGACUCCAGAGAAACAGCUGUCCUCCAGUUCAUCUUCAAAGAAGAUGAAGACAUCACCUCUACCAAAAUGUGAAAGACCAGAGUGCAUGGGCAAAGCUCAGGUCCUCCGGGUUCACUCCAGUGAGGACACAGAGGAGAAGGUCUCCGAGUCAAAGGCCGAGGGCUGAGGAAGCCCGCAAUGGAGCAUGAUGGCCUCUGCCUGGCUCUAAGGCUCCCCCAGUGCUCAGGAAGGCGACUUUCUGCGCCACCACCGCAACGCGAGCA